GAUAUUUUCACGACGACGAGACGCCCGACAACCACAAUCGACAACCACCCGACCCUUACUCAAAAUGUCGUCCGGAAAAGUAAAGACUGGCCAACUUUGGUCCAAGAACAAGGCGGACCUCGCAAAGCAACUCGGAGAGUUGAAGACUGAGCUCGGUCAAUUGAGAACUCAGAAGAUUGCCGGAGGAUCUGCUGCUAAGCUCACCAAGAUCCACGACGUCCGAAAGUCAAUUGCCAAGGUCCUCACAGUCAUUAACGCCAACCAACGCGCACAACUCCGUCUCUUCUACAAGGGAAAGAAAUACCUUCCUCUCGAUCUCCGAUCCAAGCAAACCCGUGCCAUCCGUAGACGUCUCAGCAAGCACGAGAAGGAGUUGCAGUUGGAGAAGACCAAGAAGAGAUCGAUGCACUUCCCACAAAGAAAGUUCGCUGUCAAGGCGGAGGCUUAGAUUUUCUGGACGUAGGUGUUUAUGAUUGUGAGGAUGGCUGGCAUGGUGCCUUUUGCCUGGUUUGUUUUCGCACGGGUCACGGUGUAUCAUCGAAAAUAGCAUGGCUAGUAAAAAAGCCUUUUCCAAUAAAUCAAACGACUUGAGCA